AAAUCUCUUCUGUGGGUAGAAUCAACUCUGUCUUAAGCCAAUCUCUCUCUCUCUCUCUCUCUCUCUCUCUCUCUCUCUCUGUGCUCAGAGAGAGAAAUGGCAGCUUCAACACUAACACUUCCCUGCUUCAAACUCUACGAUCAACCAACCCUCCUCCUUCGCGGCAACAAAUCAUCUAACCAAACACUUCUUAGAUUCAACUUGUCGCCUCCAAAGCCUCUUUUGAUCUCCUCACGUGACAACAACAGUUCUCAGCGAUUCAGAGCCCUGCCUGAGACCAUCGCCGUCAAACAGGACGACACAACUGCUGAUGACGACAAUCCUCCUGCGACCAUCAACACUAAGCUCUACUUCGGGAACCUGCCUUACAAUGUUGACAGUGCAACACUCGCUCAGAUCAUCCAAGACUUCGCUAACCCCGAGCUCGUCGAGGUUCUUUACAACAGAGACACAGGACAGAGUCGUGGGUUCGCCUUUGUAACAAUGAGCAACGUGGAAGACUGCAACGUCAUCAUCGAGAACCUCGAUGGAACUGAGUAUCUUGGUAGGACUUUGAAGGUGAACUUUGCAGACAAACCAAAACCAAACAAAGAACCUCUGUAUCCAGAAACAGAGUACAAGCUGUUUGUUGGUAACUUGUCGUGGACAGUCACUUCGGAGUCAUUAGCUGGAGCGUUUCGAGAGUGCGGAGAAGUGGUUGGUGCCAGAGUUGUGUACGAUGGAGACACAGGGAAGUCGAGAGGUUAUGGCUUUGUAUGUUACUCCUCCAAAGCUGAAAUGGAAACCGCUCUUGAGUCGCUGGAUGGGCUUGAGCUGGAGGGUCGGGCCAUUCGAGUAAACCUGGCUCAGGGGAAGAAAUACUGAUACCGUAAAAUAACAUUUUGAGAUUUUCAUCGUUAGAGAUUAUGUUUCAAUUUGAACUAAAAAAUCAAUAUAUUUUUUAUGGUUUAA